AUGGAAGUUCCCGAGGGUGCCUCCUCACGCACCAACGAGAGCAACAAGUGGCCUGCGGCGCUGUCCCGCGCCGGCGCCGUCGCUAUGUCCGCCACGUCGUUGCUGUUCGCUUGGCUGGCAGCAGGCACGCUGCGCCGCUGCAGCGCCAUGGACGAAGCGGAGGUGUUCUCAGGCUUCCUGUGGGGCCUGUCGCCUCUGAUCUGGGCUUACCUCUACUCCUGGACCGCCGCGCUCUCUCCGGCUCCGCGCGCCCAGGGCGCCGGCGGCACCGUAUUUGCGCGCACCGCCACCGCGUGCAUGCUCCUUCUCGCCGCCGCAGCGGACAAGCUGAUCGCCCCCGUCGCCGGCGCGGCCGCGAUUGUCCUCGCCCCGCUAUACUCCGCCUAUGCCUGCGGGCGCGCCCUCGCCGAACGCCGGCAGCGCGCCGGCACGGAGCGUUGGUCGGCCGCCACGGUGGCGUCCACCCCGAGCUACCAGAGCCGCGCGGAGGAGCAGGAGGAGCGAGAGAGCAAGGUCCGGGCCGUCUCCGCCAUGGAAAACGUGGCGGUCGCCGUCUCGGCAUCGGUGUGGUUAGCGUCAUGGACUUCGCCGGAGACGAAGUGGGAGGCCCCACCCACGGAGGUCGUCUUCUACCUCGCUGGCCCCUUGGUCUUGGCCGUGCGGUUGAUGCUGCCGUCCCUGGUCAGGAGUCCUGUCCUGGCCGCCAUCGAUGAUAUGCGCGCCUUGGCCGCCGUGAUUGGCGUCAUCGGUUGGCUCGUCGUCGCCGCAUCGGUCGGCGCCCUCUUCGGCACGAUCACCGGGACAGUUGUCGUUUGGAUGGGUGAGUUGGCCGGCAUGGUCGGAUUCCUCGGCUACUUCCUCGCCGUCGAGGCGCACUACGAGCAGCUCAUGGCCAUCGAAAGGACGAAGCCGCGUAGGGCAAAGGACUCCUCCGGCUUGCUGGACGGACGCGACAGUGGCGACGCCUGUUCAGCUCAUAUCGACGCCGCCGCCGGCCUUUGCGUUGAUUGUGUUUGCAAGUGCAAAUGUGGAAGCCACAUCAUAAGCUAG